AUGGCGACAGUGGUCCAGCCGCUCACCCUGGAGCGAGAUGUUGCCCGGGCCAUUGAGCUGCUGGAGAAGCUGCAGGAAAAUGGAGACGUCCCCAGUCACAAACUUCAGUCCUUGAAGAAAGUGCUCCAGAGUGAGUUCUGCACAGCCAUCCGCGAGGUGUAUCAGUACAUGCAUGAAACCAUCACGGUAAAUGGGUGUCCGGAGUACCAGGCGAGAGCAACUGCCAAGGCCACAGUUGCAGCGUUCGCAGCCAGUGAAGGUCACUCUCACCCGCGAGUUGUUGAGCUUCCCAAAACAGACGAGGGCCUGGGCUUCAACGUGAUGGGAGGAAAGGAACAGAACUCUCCCAUCUACAUCUCACGCAUCAUCCCUGGGGGCGUGGCCGAGAGGCAGGGGGGCCUGAAGAGAGGAGACCAGCUGCUGUCCGUCAAUGGAGUGAGUGUGGAAGGGGAGCACCAUGAGAAGGCUGUAGAGCUCCUGAAAGCAGCCAAGGACAGUGUGAAGCUGGUGGUGCGCUACACUCCCAAAGUGCUGGAGGAGAUGGAGGCACGCUUCGAGAAGCUGCGCACGGCGCGGCGGCGGCAGCAGCAGCAGCUCCUCAUACAGCAGAACCAGGCCUCACAGCAGAACCACAUGUCGUUGUUUCAGAAGAAGAAGUGA